AUAUUGAUAUCGACUGAUCAAUGAUAAUGUCAGCUGCUGGCAUGCAGGCACCUACAAAGUUCAAUUCACAAACCCACCGUGGUACUUACGUGGUAGUGCAAUGUUAUCAAUGAUUUUUGUUGACCAUUCAAAUAACACCAGAUUCACGUAGAUAUGGAGAAACAAUUAGCUGCUUAUCGCGCCAAAAAGGCCAAAGAAAGGCAUGAAAGGACUUCGAAUUCGGGAGGAUUAUUUGGAUUUGGUGGGGGUCUGUUCUUCCGCAAUCGCAAAGAGGAUGCAUCAUCACAUUCACAAAAUGUGACAGAAAAGGAUGCCUCUCAGUCUCAUAAGUCUCAACAACAGGUUGAUGAAAACAUAAAGAGUGGAGAGGAAAGAGAUGAUGAUACAAGCUUGAAUAAGGAUGAUGGAAAUUCCACAGAUACAAAGACAGAUGUCACUCUCCAGAGCUUCUCAAACCAACCUUACUCAACUUCCACAAUUGACCCGUUUCAACUCGCACUCAAAAUCAUCUUAUGGCUUGCCCUCUUUGGUCUAUCCAUAUGCAUUGGCUUCGGUGCAAUUUACAUCAUUCUCUCCUUCUUCUACAUCAUCUAUGCUAACCUUAGAGGAGAGGGGGAGAAGAAACCAGGAGAAAAGAGCGCUUACUCUGUGUUUAACCCAAAGUGUGAACGCAUCCAUGGGACACUCACAGCGGAGGAAAUAGAAAGAGGGAUGUUGUAUGGUAUAGGUGGUGCAAUGAGAUAGCAUCAUUUGACUGUUUGCAGAAACAAUAGAAUAUCUGACUUACUGGAAAAUGUUUGUUCUAUAGACUUGUCAGCUUACCAUGCAGUGUCAAUUUUACGAGAGUUAUUUUUUGCAUCAUGAAGAAACUGAAAUAAUGUUGAUAGAGAACAGCAGAUUUAAAAGAUAAAAAAUUGUCAUAUGACUUGAUUUAGUGCCUAAUGUCCAGGGGGGUGUACUCUCCAAGUGUCUAAAACUCUAAAUGGUCUGCUACUCCAGAAAAAAGUUCCAAGAAGGUCCUGUUUCAAGCAUCCAGGCAUUAUAUCAUCAGCACCAUUUGCCGGUAAUUGCCAUGUGGGGUAGCCUUAUCUCACUCAACAUGUAUACCAUUUAGGGUUGAGGUUUUGGUAAUGUAGACUAUGCCAUUUAAUUAGGAAAACUACAUGUGUUAGUUGUGUAUUGCUCCUGUACAAAUGAGGACACUUUGAUAUGGGGUAUCUAGUUCUUAGAUUUCACUGUUUACACCACAUAGGGUAUAUCAAAUUAAAGAUUUCCUUACUCACACCACUGAUGGUGACUUUUCCCAUAUCAAGUUGUAAAUUUGGUUGUGUGUUCCCAUUCAGAAAAAAUAAUUUGGACUACUUCUGAAUUCAUAGUCAAUUUUCAUUGGGAGCCUUCUUAGCCGCAUCCAAUCUGGAUUAUUUGAAGGUGAAUUCAAGAAAGGGGUGUAGAACUCCACAUUCAUUAUAGAUCUAUUGCUUUUAUUUUAUUUCAUAUUGAUGAAUGUGAAAAUAUUGAUUGGAAACAUCUGUUUGUUUACACUGCCAGUGUUUUCUUAUGAUAAGUUAAGAAGAAUAUAAACAAUUACUCAAUUUAAUCAGUUAAUAUUUUAAUCUUCACCUUGUUUUAUUAGCUUAUCCAUUUGUAAAUAUGAGAUAGGACUUGGAUACAUUGGCUGGUUUUUCAUCAGCCUUCCUUGAGAUUUAUCUUGAUAUUCGGAAACAUUGCCUCCAUCAGCCAAAGUUAUGGAAUUCUCACUUGAGCAUGGAAUGUUACCUUGGGCUAAACAAAGCAUUCACACUUUUUGGCUCCUACAUGUACGUUUGAAUAGCAUGUGAUAGUUUGGUGCCCCGAGCUCAAACCGGAGUCAAUCAUCACAACUUUGCAAAUCAGCUGCAUUGAAUUUUAAAUAGUAUGUUAUUUUACAAUUUAUUCUAAGUUGAUUUAGGAUGGUAAUUUCUAGAACCCUCAAAAUAGCCUUCUUGCUUGGAUAUUUGUCUGACAAUAAAAUGUUGCUUUUAGGGCCAUAUUGCAAUCUGCACAUUAAGGUAGCUUAAAAAAAUCAUAUUCUUCAGCUUUAGCAGCUUCUCAGAUAUGCAGAA